UUCCAGGUUUGUCAGUAUCGGCUAUUCACACGCUAAGGAAGAUAUCGCAAACGGAGUUGACACCCGUCUUUCAGUUUUAUCUGUAACAUUUUUACUGGACAUUCGUCAACCAGAAAACAUAUUAUUAAUUUCCAUCGGAUUCCUGAUAACUAUGUAUGAGAACACUCAGGUGAUUGUAUUUUUCUCCGGAUCCGACCGGACGUUGAUAUUUCGGGUAUAUCUAAGCGAACGGGCCACGCGAGAUAAUUCGGUUAUAAAUGGGCGACGUCGAGUCGUUUCAGCAAACGAGACAUGCACAUGCACCGGAGUUUCGUGGUUAUACUGAUAGGCGCCAGUUUGGUAGCCGGUCGGCCUGGCUUCUUCAGCAACUUCAUCAGCGACAGCGGAGAAGACGACGAAGAUCUUGGGAUCAUGAAGUAUCUGAACGGUUUCGGUGACAACCUCUGGAAAGGGCCCGACAACAAAACGGGUGAGGCCGUCUCCAGGUGGCUCCCAUCCCACAAAAACAACCCUGAAGAACUCGGGGCCUACGCCGAAGGAGACAUACUCUUCCCCUCGCCUAAAUCCAGGAAUGGGCUGAAGGCGAAGUCGGCCAGAUGGCCAAAAGGUGUCAUCCCGUACGUCUUUGGAGCUUCUUUCAACGCCAAGGACAGAGCGACCAUCGAUGCCGCCAUGAAAGAAUACCACAAAUUGACCUGUAUCAGAUUUGUACCCAGGACGAAAGAGGCAGAUUAUCUCCUGAUAACUAGCGAGAACACCGGCUGUUGGUCUUCCGUCGGUAGGGUCGGCGGUGCUCAAGAGCUCAACCUGCAGUCGCCCGGAUGCCUCGUGCAGAAGGGCACAGUCAUGCACGAGAUGAUGCACGCCAUCGGAUUCCUUCACGAGCAGAACCGCUGGGAAAGGGACAACUUCGUCACAAUCCACUUUGAAAACAUAGAACCAGGACGUAAGAACAACUUCGACAAAGCGCAGCAAUCGCAGACUGACGACCUCGGCAUCCCGUACGAUUACUCGAGCGUCAUGCACUACUCUGCAACCGCGUUUUCUGUCAACGAGAAGCCGACCAUCGUUCCGAAAAAGACAGGCGUCAAACUGGGCCAGAGGGAGAGCGUCUCGCACCAGGACGUGCAGAAAAUCAGGCGGAUGUAUAAAUGCAAAAAGCACUGACCAUAUUAGAAACGUAAAUUUUUUCUAACUUUUUAUGUACUAC